AUGUCUCAGACGCCGUCGAGAUGUCACAGCCACCGUCGAAAUGUCACAGCCUCCGGCGACAUGCCACAGCCGCCGUCGAGAUGCUACAGCCGCCGUCGACAUGCCACAAAAACACCGUCGACAUUAAUAGCCGCCGUUGAGAUGCCACAACCGCCGUCGAGAUGCAACAGAAUUGUAUCGAUAUCUCAUUUUAAAUAUUCGACUUGCCACAGAUAUGAAAGAUGCUACAGCCGCCGUCGACAUUUCACAGCCGCCGUUGAGAAAACAGAAAUUUCGACAUUUCAUAUUUAUAAAUUUGAGAUGUCACAGACGCCGUCGACAUGCCACAGCCGCCUGUCGAGAUGCUACAGCCACCGUCGACAUGUCACAGCCGCCGUCGAGAUGCUACAGCCGCCGUCGAGAUGCCAUGAAUUGUCGAGAUUCCAUAGACGCUUCGACCUGCCACAGCGGCUUUCUAGUGACUAA